AUGGGUCGUGGAUACUAUGAGCUGCCUCGAGACCGGGCACCGUCGCCGUAUGGACCACCGCGACCGCGGAUAAGGUGCACGCCUUCGAGCGCUCCCGUCGACAAAGUCGCCAGCCCACGCACACUGCCAGGCCAACGCAAUGAUCAACCCCAUGUGGUCGUCCUUCCUGCAACCGGAGUGUCACCGUCGGCCGAUUUUCAGGACCUGGUCAACAUGAACAGCACCGCUACUAUCGAGACCAUCGGCGACGUCGCACAAAUCUCCGUGGCACUUUCACGAAGCCCGGACGUUGUAUUUGCGCCUGGCCUUCUUGCGAGCCACAGCAUGUCUCCAGACGUUCGAUCAGCGCUUGGUCGGUAUCUGGCAUCUGGCGGGAAGCUCGUCACCGAAUCGAGCCAGCUGUCCGCCCUUCUUCAGCAGCCCCGCCGAGUCACCUCGCCUUCGAGCGAUGAGGAGAGCGAUGGGUCGAAAGAGGGGGAUGGUCGGUCUGGUACACCUUGA